UGUGUGUUCCUAGUGCGCAGUAGCACUGGAUUAGUAUCUUAGCAACCAUAGACGCCACUGGUAGCUAUUUUUUGUUUACCAAACUAAACUAGAAAGUUCGUUAUUAUUUUUUACAUAGAUAGCUAGCUAUAGGAUGGAUGUGUUACUUGAAUCGAAAACAAAACCAGUUUCGACUAUAUCUGUGUAUAGUUACAUUCCACCAAGACGAACUGAACCAAAAGAGAGAACCUAUUACAACAGUGACUCCAAGGCACGGGAGGUAUCCUUAUACGACUGCAUAUACCGGCGGGCGGAGGGCUAUGACAGCAAACUACACCGCGACGAUAGAGAGCACUCCAACAGCAGGGGACUAGACUUGUACUCAGAGGAGUCUUCCAGACCUGCACCAGUCCUGUCCUCAUCAGAGUAUGGAAGACGCCUGCCUCCUGUCCUCUACAAACCUGGCAGGCAGUUUGCCCGCAUCUCUCACAUCCACACCGAGUUCUUCAGGAAAAACGGGAUCACACGCAAUUUUGAGGAGGGAUACGGAUCAGUGGUUCCUGUGUGAGGAAGUCCGUAUUCCCAACACCAGAGAUAGAGUGGGUGCAGUGAGGGAGGGAGAGUGAUGGUUUUAUCAAUGUGAAUAUGUAUGGGCACAACAACACACCCAACUGAUACAGUCAGUGUAGCAAAGAUAUUUAAAGAUAUAGAUCAUUAUAGAAAUAGAGAUAUAUUUAAAGAGAGAUUAUAUAUUUUAAGAUAGAUAAAAUAAAAAAGUUUUAAAAAGUAAUUAUAUAUAUAU